AUGUUCGGCAUCCUGGGCGCAGUCAAUGUCGACAACAACACCAAGACCUAUGGCUCGUUCGAAGAGCUCUUCGCCGCCCUCAAGGCGCGCAUGCAGAAGGAUGGUUACAAGGUCGUCAAGUCGCGUACCCAUCGCAACAAGGUCGGCGGUACCUACGAGAAAGGCAGCGAGGUCGUGCGAUGCGAUCUCGUUUGCGACCGUGGAGGCCAGCCCUACAAAUGCACCGCGACCCAGCUCAAGACUACCACAAAGAAGACCGACUGUCCAUGGAAGGCCAAGGCAGUCAAUCGCAAGACCAUGGGCGCGUGGCUCUUGACCAUCAUCUGCGAUGAACACAACCACGAGCCUAGGACGCCCGACCCGCCGACCGACGAGGAGGAUGCAGACGCCGAGGGCGAUGCGGAUGUCCAGGAAACUUCAGCCCUGCCAGAACCGGACAACUCGAUCGCCGCUAUAGAUUCUAAUACCUCGACUGCUCUGGCUGUAGCCGGUGUCUCGAACGCCCAGAUGCGACUCACGGGCGAGACUUUCCACAACUUCAAGUCGGAGUAUCGCAAAAUGUCCAAACCCGAGCGCUUCGGCAUCAUGUCCCAGUUGCAGCUGCGCAUAGCGGCGCUCUAUGCCAUCGAAAACGAGGAUCUGCAAAGGCAAGAACGUCAGGCAAGGCAAGAGAGGAAACACCAAGAGAUUGAGGACACCCGUCGGAAGUCUCAGAGCGCGCAACAAACACAGCAGACGCAACAAACACAGCAGACGCAACAAACGCAGCAACACCAACAGCAGCAGCAGCAAGCUCAAGGUCAAACCCAACAGCAAACUCAGACCCAGCAUCAUCAACAACCGCAACAACACCAGCAGCAGCAUCAACCGCAACACCAAACACAUCCGUCACAUCAACAGCAUCAACAGCAGCAGGCCCAGAACCAUAACCAUAAUCACAACCACGCUCAAGUGCAUAAUCAAAACCAUAAUCGUGCUGCCCAGCAACAGCAGCAUCAGAUGACCCAGAUGUCCCGGGACAGCAUGACGGGCAUGCCAAAACACCCGUUCGAGCAGCCAGGCCACGAUGAGCACGCGCAGUAUCGUGACCGGCAGGCCGAGGUGGGCCACCGCCAUCAAAGCUUCAUGAACAUGGCCCGCGAGCACAUGGGUAACGCCGUGCAACAAACGCCUGUUCAGCAGACACCUGUUCCGUUGCCGCAGUUCGGCAUGCAAGGCGGGCCGGGACCUAAUAACCAGGUGUUCCGACACUAUAAUAACGGACCGGCGAACACUGGCGGUGCAUCAGCAGGCGGAGGCACGCCGGCAGUAACCCAGCAGAAGCGCCGAGGUCGACCUAAGAAGACCCCCUUGGAUCCGAAUCUCGAGGCGAGCAUGCACAUGAGGUAG